AUGAAUGUUCGAAGAAUAAUACCGAGGAUAGGGCACAUUUCCAAGCCAACAACUAUUAUUUUUAGUCAUGUUUUUGAUCCACCUGCAUCAUCAAAGCUAUUAGUGUAUCCGCCACUGUUAUCACCAUUGCAACCUUUGCAAGACGAAGAUGAGGCAGCAUCAGGUGAAUAUGGAAAGUUGAAGCUGGAGUUCUUUCAAGAUAACGAUGAGGCACGUAGACAGGUACACCUGCCAGAUAGGAGUGAGUAUCAAACAUCAGAUGAAGACGAUGAUUUCGUGUCGCCGUACUAUGCCUUUGAUGAUGAUGCAAUCAGAGGUGGGCAAACAGAGACAAAGGAGCCCUGCCGAAGGGUUUCAGAGCACCGGAUUAAUUUUCAAAAUUGCAACAACUUUCAUGAACAACAUCUCUUGGAAGAAAGCAUCAAGUUUCUAGGAGAGGGUGCCUUUCGUGAAGUUUUUGGCUUGUCUCGCCCGUUUGAGGGGGGCAUCGAACAGUUUGUACUCAAAGAGCUCAGAUUCGACCAUGACGUCGAUGACGAGAACAGUGAGUUCAUACGAAUGGAUGCAGCUGUUGCCGAGCGACUAUCGGCAAGUCCGCGCACUUUUGAUAUCUAUGGCUUUUGUGGUGUCGGUAUCCUUUCCGAGUACUUCUUCCAUGGCGACAUUGAAGAGGUUGCAUACGAGGAUGAAGGAGAAGUUAGUGAAGAUCUACGGGAGAUUGAAGAAUUUGAAGUACAAACCAAUCUCACCGGCAGAGAAAAGGUGGUGCUGGCACUGGAAAUGGCUGAGGGAAUAGCCCUGCUGCAUGGUAACGCCGGUGGUGUCAUUGUUCACGACGACAUUCAGUUAUCACAGUUCCUACUCAACAAGGAUAAGACGAUGCUAAAGAUCAAUGACUUCAAUCGGGCAGAAUACAUGCUAUAUGACGAAUCCAAAGAGACAUACUGCAAGUAUCACAAUGGUGGAGGGAAUGGAAAUUGGCGGGCUCCAGAAGAGUAUAAAAACGAAGGAUUGAAUGAGAAAAUAGAUGUCUGGUCGCUGGGAAAUAACAUGUACACUUUGCUCACGGGUUUGGAUCCGUUUCCUUGGUUGCAUUCGAAGGAAAUGCAGCCAUUGGUGAUGCGAGGAGAAACCGCAUACAUCGAUCCCCGAUUCUGGGCCCGUAGUAAGGAAGAAGGUAGGCUUGCUGAGAUCAUCAAGCAAUGCUUCGAAUACAAUCCAGACUUGAGACCUAGCGUGUUUGACAUUGUUGAGCAGCUCCGAGAGGCUGUAACAGAAAGCUUGAGAAAUCAGAAUGUCACCAGGGCACAAGUUCUGCAAGGCCUCGGUGGUGACUGA